AAAAAAUAUUCAUAUACAUAUCUGUUUAUCAUGGCUAAAGUUGGUCGAGGCAUGCAAAUACCACUAUCAUGGGUUCCAGGAAGUGAUGGAUUUUGUCCAGAUGGUGCAGUUUCCGUGGAUAAUAUAUGUGUAGCACGAAGUAAAUAUAGUGGAGAAUUAUUACCUGGAAAAUUAGUACCAAUGAAUGGAAAAUGUUAUUGUUCUUAUGGUGGACAAGAAUUAGAAUUUUAUAAUUAUGAAGUAUUAUGUGAAAGUUUUAUUCCUGGUUCAUGUAAAGGAUAUUGUUGGGAAAAAGCAUUUGACGGUGAUGUACCAAAAAAUGCAAUUGUAGCUGGAAUAGCUAAAGAUGGUGAACCAUUGUACAUUGUAAAAGGUGUUGUGAAUGGUGAAACAUGUUUUGGAAAGUUACAUGAAGGUCAUUCAUGUGCUUACCUACCAUGGGGUGGAAAAGAAUAUUCAGUCAAUGAAUAUGAUGUACUUGUAUGGAGGAAAUAUUAAGAUUUUAAUCUUUUAAAAUGCAAUUUUUACAUUGAAGACAUUAUGAAUUUCAUGCAUCUUAUAUUUAUUUUCUUCAUAUCAUUUCAUCACAAUUUGCUGCUUGAAAGUUUUUAAAAAAAAUAUACGCAUAUG